CGGGUGCUUCUGCUGGGACCAAUCGGCUCUGGCCAGACUCUGUCAUGUGAUAACAGACAAGGCUGCUGGGGGCCCACCCCCUGUCACCGGAAAAGGGAAUCACAUCAGCUCCACCCCUAGAGGGAGCUAUUCCAAUAAAUCAUAGUUAAGGUCGAGAAGAAAGCUGGACAUCAGUCUCAAGGAGAAGUUAAGGAAAACAGUAACUUCCCUGAGCAUCAACUCUGAAUAUGCAGAGCUUAUGAAACAUCCAAAGAAAAUGCAAAAGACAUCAUCAUGAUAUAUGAAGGAGAUGCUGAGGAAUGGGCUCUGUACUUGAGCGAAGUUUUCUCACAUGUUGUGAAAACGGAAGCAACCCUUUUAUAUUGCUUGGAGAAUUGCUCUCUUCGGGAUUUGGAAUUGCUGAAUUUAAACUCCUACAAGUGCAAACUUUUGAUAUUAUCAAAUAGCCUGCUUGAAAACCUAUCUCCAAAGAAAGGUCAAUUUCUGAAAAACAUACUUCAUUCACCAGAAAGUGUGGUCACUCUGCUGUGUGGGAUGAAGAGUUCAGAUCAACUCUACAAAUUAUUAAAUAUCUCUAAAAGCAGAUGGGAGAUCUCAACUGAGCAGGAGCCUGAAGACUACAUCUCUGUAAUUGAGAGUAUCAUAUUCGGAGGUUCUGCGGACUACCUGGAGAUCAUUAUUUCACCAGACCUAAGAAAGGAACAUUCUGGGCAAAUCAGUGAGAGAAAGGAAGUUGAAGAAUUAUCAGAAGCUUCAGGAAGCACAAUACCACAGGCAGUGGUGCUUCCUGCUGAGAUUCCAUGUGAGAAUCCUGGUGAAAUAUUUAUUAUUUUGAGAGAUGAAGUAACCAGUGAUGCUGUGGAGGUUGAAUUUACAUCAAAUAGUAAAUGCAUUAGAACACAGCCAGCCCUCUGGAAUAAAAGUGUCUGGAGUAUGAAAGCUUUAGAUUUUCCUGCUGGCUCUGUCAGUGUUGAUGUCUACUGUGAUGGAAUCAUUAAGGCCACAGCAGAGAUUAAAUACUAUACAACCCCGAAGGCUAUGUUGGGAGCGGCAGGUCCAAGAGAUGGUGUGAAUGACAUUGACGAACUUGACGAUAUUCUCACAUCCACAUUCAAACAUGAGAUACCAUUCUAUGAAUUCCAAUCACUCCAAACUGAAAUCUGCCCUCAAAAAGAAUAUUCUUAUUUCAAAGAACUUCCAACUCUUCUCCACUGUGCAGCAAAAUUUGGGUUAAAGAACUUGGCUGUUCAUUUGCUUCAAUGUUCAGGAGCAACCAGGGCAUCUAAGAUAAAAAAUUCGGAAGGUUCAGAUCCAGCACAUAUUGCUGAAAGGCAUGGUCACGAAGAACUCAAGAAAAUCUUUGAAGACUUUUCAGUCCAAGAAGUUAGCAGAGAUAAUGAGCAAGAAAGUCACCAUGAAGAGGGUAUUACCUCAUUUUCUACAUGUUCUCCUACCAUACAGAGCCCAGCUCUCCACCACAAAAGCUGGCCUUGCAGGCAGACGGCAGAAGAAGCCAAAGUGAAAGAAAUGGCAGAGGAAGAAAAAGAGCAUGAAUCGGGCAUGGAGGCGGAGCACAGCCCUCCAGAGGUUGACAGUGAAAGUGAGAACCAGUACGAUGACUUGUAUGUGUUCAUUCCUGGAGACAACCCUGAAAAUCAUUCCCAAGAGCCCCUCGUGUGUCCCAGACCACCUCUUCCCCCACCACGACCUGUAACCACUGCCUUCCAACUGGAAAAACCUCACUUCCCAGUACAAGCAGGGAAAUUGUUGGAAGGCCAAAUGGAAAGAAGUCAAAGUUGGUGUGAUUUCAGUGCAAGAUAUGAAACAGGAAGUGAUUCCGAAGAAGAGAAGAAAGAAGAUGAAAAGGAUCAGGAAGAGGAGGAAGACCCAUACACUUUUGCUGAAAUUGAUGACAGUGAAUAUGACACAAUACUGGCCAAUAGGAGUAUAAAGAAAAAAAUUGGAAGUCGUUCAUUCAUUAUGAACAGACCUCCUGCCCCCACACCGCGACCCACAAAUAUCCCUCCAAAAGAGGAAACUACACCUUACAUAGCGCAAGUCUUUCAACAAAAGGCUGCCAGAAGACAAUCUGAUAGUGACAAGUUCCAUGGUCCUAAGAAACAAGACAGAGGUCGGAUGGAGAGUCAGACCUUCUCCACCGUAAGGGACUGCCUCGCUGCGGGGCAGGAGGAACUCAUCCUGCUGCAGGAGAAAGUCAAGACUGGGAAACUCUCUGUGGAUGAAGCCCUGGAGAAGUUUAAACACUGGCAGAUGGGAAAGACUGGCCUGGAGCUAAUUCAGCAGGAAAAACUACGCCAACUACGAGAUUGCAUUGUUGGGAAAAGGCCAGAAGAAGAAAAUGUCUACAAUAAGCUCACCAUUGUGCACCAUCCAAAUGGUAACGAAAGUGCCCACAGUGAAAGUAUGUUAUAUAGCAUACCCUUUGGCAGUAAGGUGGGUUGUAUUUAUCUUCAUUUUUAUAAAAUACAAACAACUUAUUUGUUGAGAAAGAACGUGAAAGCCUUCUACCCUGACUAUGCUUUGACACAUUCCAACAGAUACGAACUAAAUAGGUUACAUACACAUUUGUGUGCAAAAUACACGAGCAGUAAUUUUAAAAACAUAGCUAUUUGGAAAAAAGCGAAAAAAGAACUCAAAGGAGAAAGGCACUGAAGCUAACGUGUGCACAAACAUGUACAGACCAAAUAAAUUGUAGAGGAAUUCCAUCUUUAGCAAAAGGAAUAUGAUGAGUCUAUUUGACCCACAGUUUAUAUAAUCCUUGAAAUCUAGUUUUAGGAAAAAAUAUGUGAAAAUAUUGUUCAUAUAAAUAUGUGUUGCUUCACUUUGUAGUGUUAACUGCAAGUAAGUUGCUAAUGAAAAGCUAAAAAUAACCCUAAAGAAAGAGGGUGCAAAUGGAAAAGCCAAGACUAAUUCAAGACAAUAUCCUUGAUGUCCUGACCACACACUUUUCUUCAUAAAAAAUUGUACUAUUCCAACUAUCUACACAUGUGAUGUAGGAAAUUUGCACUAUUACCCAAGAACAUGUGGCAGCUGGAUUUCUUGCUAAAAUCCUGAGUUAGGGCCCAUAACAAACUAGUUUUUGUUUACCAAAUUUCGAUAACCCUUUAAGUGAUCCCAUCCUUCAAUACAUCAUAACACAAGAGUUAUGUUAUGUUAAAUACAUAAACACAAAAGUCAUUCACUCUUAAGAACUGCUUGAAGUAUUUACGUUUCUGGAUCAUCCUGUGGCCCACCGGUGAGCUAUAGACUGAAUGGGUCUGUAGCACAUAGACUCAUGAGCAGUAAUUUUAAAAACAUGUACAGACCAAUUCGACUGUCGCAGAAUUGUGAGGUACCAUCUAGCUCAGGAGUUUAUGAAAAUAUCUUUGUCAAGCAAAGUUCCUUCUACAAGAUCUGAAGGACUAUUUUAAGAGCAAGCUUUUGGGUAAGAGGAAAAUAAUAUAAAUCCCCAACACUUAUUCUCCCUCAAAAAGGAACUAAAACUUAAACUCAAGGACAUUGACGUGGUUGAACUUGACAGUGAUUCUUUCCUUUUAAGAUGGAGGACUCUCUUGCCAGUUGCCUCUGCAAAGAUGUUCUCAGCUGACUGCGAAAGGCAACUAUGACUUUGUCAUGUUUCUUUGUUCACCCUUAAAAUGGAGAAAUGCUAACUCUGUGUAUUUUUUCCUUAGCUUCCUGUUCGACCCCAGGUGGAAAAAGAUUUUGGUUUCUGUUACAGGAAAGAUCACUAAAGAUGGUAAAAUAUCAGCUAUAUGUCAACCAUAUUUUUUAGAAAACCUAAAGCAGGCUUAUUAGAAACUUGAAAGAUCAUUUGUCUAACAAAUGGAAUACCUUAAAUAUUUCACUGUCUUCUCCUGAAAGGAUAAACAUGUGUAUUUUUCAAGCUAAAGGUGAUUGUUCCUUAGAAAGAUUUAUAUGUAGGGGUGAUUUUAUACUAGCUAAUCAAUUUCAGUUGAUGAUUAUUCACUAAUACAUUUCCAAUGAUCUUAUUUUCAGGUUAUUAUAAUGAAACUCAAGAAUCUGCAGGCACUUUCUGGGUGAAGCAAGCUUGCAUUUGGAUUGCCUACUGUCUUAGGACAAAUCUUUGCUAUGAAAGCAGAAGCAAGUUUUGAAUUUCAGAAUGUUACUGCCACAAUUUAUUGGCAUUGUACCUGCUUCAAAUGAGCAUAUCAAGAUUAAGUUUGAAUGCUAUAGAGCAGUUGCAUUCUUUGAAAAUUCUUGCAUUUUACCAAGCACUUUGCCUGUGAAGCAGGUAUUUCCAAUUUUUAAAAUUAAAAACAAGAGCAGAGAAGUUAAAUGCUCUGUAGCAAAGUUAUUGGGCCUAUUUAAGGGUUAACCUUAUAGUUUACUCCUCCUACACUGAGAAUAAACAUAGAAAAAUACAAAUAUGUUUUAUACAUAUUGGUUUUUCCAGUAGAUAUCUAUUUUCUGAAUUUCUCACGUUCAAAACUCUAAUUGUUAUUAUCAGAUCGUGCUUACAGCAACCUUCCAUUUUUCAGAACCUGUUUGCAUAUAACCUUGAGAAUAUUAUUUUUUUAACUUUCUAUAUCUCAAAUUAACAUACAUUUUGACAACCUACAUUCUCUAUUAACAGGCCUACAAUUUCAUCAACCAAUUUCUUAGAAGCAAUUUAUGAGCUUAAAAUAGAAUGCAGUUUUACCAUUCUAUGAUUUCUGCCCACAGUUGCUACAAAUAAAAUGAAUGUUUAAAGCUG